AUGUCACGACGAUCAGACCCGCUCGAUUGUAAAGUAUACGUUGGAGGUUUACCACAGGAUGCUACAUCGCAGGAGCUUGAAGAUGCAUUCAAUCGUUUUGGUCGUAUACGUAAAGUUUGGGUUGCCCGUCGUCCUCCAGGAUUUGCUUUUGUGGAAUUUGAAGAUGCCCGAGAUGCUGAGGAUGCUGUAAAAGCUUUGGAUGGGACAAGAAUUUGUGGUGUACGUGCUCGUGUAGAAAUUUCACAUGGUCGUCGACGAAAUGGUGGUUAUGGAGGGGGUGGAGGUGGUGGUGGUGGUGCUUACUAUGAGGGUGGUCGCCGGCGUUCAAGGUCACCGUAUUAUCGGAGAACACGUAGCCGUUCUAUCACACCUCCGCCACGUAAGUCGCCUCGAUAUGAUGAAAGACGGAGUAUGAGUAGAAGUUUGAGCAGAGAGUAA